CAUUUGUCGUCUGUGUCUGUGGUCAGUAAAUAAAAAUCCGAUCUGUAUUUAUUUUUCAUUUUCAUUAAAGUUAAUUUUAUUUUGCUUAAAGUUAUAAUGAAAGACGUGAUCGACGUAAUGGCUCUACAAAGUAAUAGACGCGAGCGACGUUUAGCAGAUUACAGAAGCGGGCCCGGUCAUAGUUUAGCGACAAACUUCAUUUUCGAAUGUGGCAUCAAACUUGGGUUGCAGCCGGCUACCGUUGCUACCGCAGCGAUAUUCUACCACAAAUUCUUCAAAGAGGCAGACAAGAACGAUUACGAUUGCUAUGUGAUUUGUACAGCAUGUCUCUGUGCAGCUGGGAAGUCGAGAGAUGAGCCGGUGAGGUUACGCGAUGCAGUAAACGUUGCUCAUAAUUCUAUAAACCGCGGAGCUGGUCCCUUAGAAUUGGGCGAGGAGUACUGGUCUUGGAGAGGUGCUGUGGCUCAAGCGGAAUUGCUUGUGCUGCGUUUACUCGGGUUCAAUUUGGAUGCGCCUUCACCUCAUAGAUAUUUGCUGCACUAUUUACGCUCUCUACAAGAGUGGUUCCCGGCUUCGCAAUGGCGCUCUGCACCGAUAGCUCGAACGGCCAUGGGUUUCUUGCAAGAUUACCACCAUUCGCCAUCAAUUCUCGACUACAGAGCACCUCACAUCGCUGUUGCGUGCUUAACUCUGGCUUUACAUGUACUUGGAGUAUCAGUUCCAUUGGCAUCUACAUUAGAUGAUGAUGCAGCUUGGUAUUCUGUGUUCACCAAAGAUUUACAGAAGGAAAAGAACUGGGAAAUUAUGGAAAAAAUAAUGCAAGUCUACAGUAAAGAACCAGAACCUAUAUAACAAUAAGAUUAUAUUUUUAACAUUGUAAACUUUUAAUUAGAAUAAAAGUGUUUGCUAUCCAAGUGU